AUGACACAUACCGACGAAAAUAUAAGUAAGCAAAGCAAUCGCAUCAGCAGCAGACUCUUCCAAACAACAUCUUCUAUCCAACUUUCCGACUUUGAAACGAUCUGCUCCCGCACCACAGAACCAAGCACUUACCCCCUCUCCUCGACCGUAACCCAAAACAUCCCUAUCUACGAUGCGCACAACUACAAUCCCUUUGACACCGAUCAAGCGACUGCGCUUCAAGACGAAUGGUAUCACAUCCUCUCCUCCGGGCCUGGAAUCUUCGUCCUGAAGGGCAUGUACGAUCCUUCGCAGUACGCCCAGACGCUCUCUGCAACCAACGCCGCGUUCCAGGCAAUCAUCGAUAAAGAGCGCAAAGCCGGCGGCCGCAUAGGCGACCAUUUCGCAGCGGGCGGCAAAAAUGACCGCAUAUGGAACUCUUUCUCCAAACACGCCUUUGCAGACCCAAUCUCAUUCACUGAGUACUACUCGAACCCAUGGCUGAAAGUCGUCAGUGAGGCCUGGCUAGGACCCGCAUACAGAGUCACAGCUCAGGUGAAUAUUGUCAAACCCGGCGGCGCGGCGCAGGACAGUCACCGUGACUACCAUCUCGGGUUCCAGGACGAAGAGUCCUGCGCUGCGUUCCCGCGCUCGAUCCAGCUUGCGAGCCAGUAUCUUACGCUUCAGGGAGCAGUGGCACAUAGUGAUAUGCCUCUCCAAAGCGGACCAACGAGGUUCUUGCCCUUCAGCCAGACCUACGAGCCGGGAUAUCUUGCCUGGCGAAGGGAAGAUUUCAGAGCUUACUUUCAAAAGAAUUACGUUGCGCUUCCACUUGCGCUGGGUGAUGGACUGUUCUUUAACCCGGCAGUUUUCCAUGCCGCGGGUGCGAAUGAGACUGAACCGGCCCCUGAUGGCGGGUUCCAUCGCAAGGCGAACCUUUUACAGAUCAGCUGCGCGCUAGGCAAGACGAUGGAAUCGAUUGAUGCGGUGCCCAUUGUGGAACGGUGCUGGGAACAGAUGGUCAAGAUGUAUAAAGCUGCGGGCGAGAUUGUGGAUGGGAAGCUGGAUGCGCUAGUGAGAGCGAUUGGGGAUGGGUACCCAUUCCCGACGAAUCUGGAUGAGAGGCCGCCGGCGCCGAGUGGCAUGGCGCCGAAUAGUGAGCAGCAGGUCUUGUUUAGGGGAUUGCAGGAGGGGUGGAGCAGAGAUGUUGUUGCGGAGGAAUUGAGGAGGAUCGCGAACAAACGUGGUCCUUGA